GUCCCUGGAUCCUCUGGGCGUAUGUCCAGGUAUAAAGUCUGCAUUGAGCUGUAGCACAGCAGGUAGCUCCACUGUGUGUAAUGUGAUCAUGUUUCAUUUACAGAUUGAAGAAUGAUGCUAAAUUCAACCUUAACCACCUCAUCAUACUUUAUUCUUGGAGCUUACUUGCAUGUUGGAAACUUAAGGCACUUGUAUUUUACAUUAACUGCACUGCUUUACUUUGUUAUUCUUGUUGUCAACACGUCACUCAUUGUGGUUAUCUGCAUGAACAGAAGCUUACAUGAACCUAUGUACAUUUUCCUGUGCAGCCUGUUUGUAAAUGAACUGUAUGGUAGUACAGGGUUGUUUCCAUUCCUGCUGGUUCAGAUCCUCUCUGACGUUCACACUGUGUCUGUUCCCUUUUGCUUCCUACAGAUUUUCAGUAUAUAUACUUAUGGGAGUGUAGAGUUUAGUAACUUAGCCGUCAUGUCUUAUGACAGAUAUCUCGCUAUUUGUUAUCCUCUACAAUAUAACACACGUAUGACAUCAAACAAGGCAGCCAUUUUUAUUGUUGUAAUAUGGUUGUACUCUUUUGUGAAAUUUUUAAUUACUUUGUCCUUAAACAUCCGUUUGCCACUUUGUGGAAACAUCAUAAACAGUUUGUAUUGUCAUAACUACCUUGUUGUCAAGUUGGCUUGUUCUGACACCAAAGUGAACAACAUUUAUGGACUUUUUGGCAUUGGUCUCACUGUCUUAGUCCCUCUCAUUCCAAUCCUUUUCUCUUACACAAAAAUUCUUAAAGUUUGUUUUUCUGGUUCUAAGCAGACCAGACAGAAAGCUGUCAGUACCUGCACACCUCACCUGGCUUCUCUGCUCAACUUUUCAUUUGGUUGCUGCUUUGAAAUACUUCAGAGUAGAUUUGAUACGACUGGUGUACCCAGUAUGCUGCGAAUCCUUCUGUCUCUGUACUUCCUCAUCAUACAGCCUCUUCUCAAUCCAAUCAUGUACGGACUGCAAAUGACCAAAAUACGCAAAACAUACAAACAUCUGUUCUGCUAUAAAACCCUGACUGUUCAGACAGACUGAAAAUGUAAAAAAUGUAAAUUAUUAAUUAUCUAUCGCCUUGAAAUGUGCAGACUGAAUGUGGAAAAUGUGCCAGUGUCUUUCUGUCACUGUUCAUGUGAUGAUGAUGUAAUGUCAUGAAGUUCACAACUGAAAAUUAACUGUUUUGUUUCAACUUAACUUGUCCAUUCUCCAGAUUAUUUUUGCUAAAGAUUGAGAUCAGAGGACACCCUUUCAUCGUCAUGUAGACUUGUUACACUUGUUCCUUAACUUAUAAACUGACCCGUAAGUUAUCAUGUUUAAGCGUUAAUUUACUGUGAUUAACCACUUAUUAUUAAGAAGUCUAAACCAGUACAUCAUGACAACCAUCUGUUAAAAACAUGAAACACCUAAACACAAAAAUUUAAAGAUUUUUAUGUGAAAGGAACAGCAGAAAAGUGAUUAUUAA